AUGGCUGCAGGUAGGUCCUGGGGCAACUUCCGACGCAGAUAUCGAACUGCUAUUGCCGCCUUGCUCAUCUGUGGCUUCUUCAUACACUCAUAUCGAAGAUCGACACCCAGCGCCAGUAUAUUAAGCCAGCAUCAGAGCCCACUGUACUGUCCUCAGAACGCCAUCGCGAAGGAAGUAUUGGUCGUCCUUCGCACAGGUGCUACCGAGGUACUCGAGAAGCUGCCGAUCCAUCUCACUACCGUGUUGCGAUGCAUUCCAAACUACGCCAUCUAUUCCGACUUUGAAGAAGAAUUUGGGGGACAUCAUAUUCACGACGUUUUCGACGAGCUCGACCAGGAUCUAAAAGACUCAGUGCCAGACUUUAAGCUUUACCACCAGCUAAAAACCAAAGGCCGAGAUGGUCUCUCCAUGGACGGUAUCGAACACGAUGGAAGUGGCGCAUCGGGGUCGCUAAGCAACCCUGGCUGGAAACUCGACAAGUUCAAGUUCCUGCCUAUGAUAGAUAAAGCUCUCCGCCAGAUGCCACAAGCAAAAUGGUUCGUCUUCGUUGAACUUGACACGUACCUGAUGUGGACCAACCUGCUCGACUAUCUGUCCCAGUUCGAUGCAGAGGCCUCGCAUUAUAUCGGCAAACAAAUGUAUAUUGGCGACGUGCUUUUUGCUCACGGCGGCUCGGGGUUUGUUCUGUCGGCACCAGCAAUGAGGAAGGUGAUUCGUCAUUGGAAAUCUCAUAUGAAAGACUUGAACCAGUACACGAUUGAGCAAUGGGCCGGAGACAUGGUCCUCGGAAAGGCGUUGAAGGAUGCUCAAGUAUCACUGCUGUGGGCAUUUCCUCAUUUCCAGGGUGAUCCCGUUUCAACGCUCGACCACAACAUUACGAAGAUCAACAGACAACCGUGGUGCUAUCCCGCGAUUACAUACCAUCAUAUGCCAGAAAAUGAGAUCAGGUCUCUGUGGGAAUUCGAACAAGAGUGGUAUCGUAGGGGUCCAAGGAGCGCUCCUCUGAGGCAUGCCGAUGUGUUCAAGGGAUACAUAUACCCUAGUCUGAGCAAGGAAAGAUCGGAGUGGGACAGUUAUUCCGUCGAUAAGGCCUUCAGCAAUGAUGUUUUGAAGGGCGAGGAGGUGCACAGCUCUUUCGAAGCUUGCAAAUCGGCAUGCGAAAGGAACACGCGCUGUCUGCAGUUCUCCUACCGCCCUUCUAGGUGUCUGGUGUCGAGUGAAGUGCGCUUAGGCCGAGCGUCGACAUUACAAUGCUUAGAGUAUUCCACUGCCGCUUCGAGGUGUGAAAAGAUGGAGGAGCCGGCGGCGAUAACAGGAGGUGCGGUUCGUUCUGGUUGGAUCGUGGACAGGUUGGAAGAGUACAUGCGUACUAUGGAUCAGACGUGCGAUAAUCGGAUAGGCUGGAUCACUUAG